AUGUUGGGGAAAGCGGAGUCGAAAGGAAGGGAGUCGAACAAUGGUCGGAACUCGCGGCAGAAGGAGAAGGGGUUUAAGAUCAAGGGGAGGGCUCAGACUGAGGAGAAGGAAAAAGGGCAAGAUGAGAAGAGCACCAGCAAGAACAAGUCGGGGAAUAAGCCAAUAUACCACGACUACGACGAAGCCACCAAAGGAGUUCCACAGCCGGUCCGAGAACAGCGAAAGACCGAUGGAGCCUGUGUGCGAUGUGGCCGAAAGGGUCAUCUUUGGAAAUGGUGUCGUUCAGAUGCUAACAGCAGUGCAUCUAUCUCCUCUUUCUCCCGAAAGCGUACCCGCGAUGACGAUGGCGACCACGAUAUGGAACCACCGGAACUCCAACCUCAGAGAAAGCGCAUGAGGCACCGUGCUAGGAAGCCGGCUGCUACGGCUGCGGCAGAAUACACUGGUGGGCAAGCGUUUGUGCGAGAACGCGGAUCGGAAUCUGAGAUGGAUUUCGACGAGGAUUUUUAA